GGGUUUUUCAUAAAGCAUGAUGGGUAAACUUUUUCUUCCUUUCCGGUUGGUACGCCAUCAGUAAAUUAAGUCAACAUGGGAGCGUACAAAUACAUGCAGGAGCUAUGGAGGAAGAAGCAGUCCGAUGUGAUGCGCUUCCUGCUGCGUGUCCGAUGCUGGCAGUACCGUCAGCUGUCUGCUCUCCACCGUGCUCCCAGACCUACAAGACCUGACAAGGCCCGCCGACUUGGCUACAAGGCCAAGCAAGGUUACGUUAUCUACCGUAUCCGUGUGCGCCGUGGAGGCCGCAAGCGCCCUGUGCCUAAGGGUGCCACCUAUGGCAAGCCUGUGCACCAUGGUGUGAACCAGCUCAAGUUUGCCCGCAGCCUGCAGUCUGUUGCUGAGGAGCGUGCUGGUCGUCAUUGCGGUGCUUUGCGAGUCCUCAACUCCUACUGGGUAGGCGAAGAUUCCACAUACAAGUUCUUUGAGGUCAUCCUCAUUGACCCGUUCCACAAGGCCAUCAGACGCAACCCCGACACGCAGUGGAUCACCAAGCCUGUGCACAAGCACAGAGAGAUGCGUGGCCUGACAUCCGCCGGCAAGAAGAGUCGCGGCCUGGGCAAGGGUCACAAGUUCCAUCUGACCAUUGGAGGGUCGCGAAGAGCAGCCUGGAAGAGACGCAACACCCUCCAAUUGCGCCGCUACCGAUAGAGGCUGUCUGUACAUUCAGAGUCUGUUCAUUGAGCUAAUAAAAAAAACCUGUUUUCCAUGGUA